CCCACACCGUGCCCUCCCAGAAUUUUCUGUGCCCCAGACAGCCUCGACACUCAACCUGAAGUCUCACACCCACCCAACUUUACCUUUUUAGAACUCUUGGUGGAACAUACGCCGCCUCAGUCCCUCACAACUUCCCACGCUGUCGACUUGUUGCUCUCUCGUUCACCUGCAAAGCUUUAGCGGUUCACGUCUCACGUGCACUCUCAACCCUCGCCGCAUUGGCACCAUGGCCACAGAGGAAAUCACCAAGAAAAGAAGGCUGCAGGACGACGACAAGCCGCGGAAGAAGCAGAAGAAGCAGAAGAAGAUGCGGGAGGAUGAGGGUGACUUGGACGUGGAGGCGGGCUUGAACCGGGCAUUCGAGCGCAUGGACGGCCAGCUCCUCGCCGACCACCUCGCCCAGAAGACCCGCCGGUUCGGGACCGAUCUGAGCCCGGUCGAGCUGUCUGAUCUGUACAUCUCCGCAAACGCCAUCAGAGACAGCACGUCCUGGGAGAAACCGCGGUCGCUAGAGAACCUGCCGAGCUUCCUCGAGGCCUUCUCCGGGGCGUCAGCGAAACUCGACGAGGCGCCUAAGAAAACCGGCUCGCCGCACACCCUCAUCGUAGCAGCCGCGGGGUUGCGCGCGGCGGACUUGGUGAGAGCGGUCAGAAAGUUCCAAAAGAAAGGUUGCCCCGUGGCAAAGCUGUUUGCGAAGCACUUCAAGCUCGAAGAGCAGGUGUCAUUCCUUCAAAAAACGCGCACGGGGAUUGCAGUCGGCACGCCGCAGCGCCUUAUCGAUCUGAUCGAGAAUGACGCCUUGUCUCUCGACAGCCUAAAAAGGAUCGUCGUCGAUGCUUCUCACAUCGACCAGAAAAAACGCGGCAUCGUGGACAUGAGGGAGACGAUGCUGCCGCUCGCUAAGUUGCUUUGCAGGAGUGCCUUGAAAGAGAGAUUCACAGACGAGGACCCAGGGCGGCAUGUUGAUCUGAUUUUCUAUUAGCCAGCUUUGAGCAUUCCGUCGUCUUCUGUUUGUGCAGAAUACCCCAAAGAGACCAAAUAUCCCUUGUCUGUCAAAAUUCACAUCCCGCCAUGCAGUUAGUGUUCCUGCUCUCAGCGCCUUACUCCUCUCGCCCUGCUGGAGCUUUUGCUGGUCUCAACUACCCUUAUUAAGGAGG